CACUUAAAGUGUCAGAGGAGACAUCUGCACACGGCUGUUUGCUGAUUCAGUGCUGUCUGACAAUAGAAGUACACUGUCUGUUUCUCACCACAUCUGCACCUGACCUCUCUCAGUCAUGGGGCUUCACCACAAAGAGUUUGAGCAGGCUGGAAAGCUCCCAGGUCUACAGAUAUGGAGAAUUGAAAAGAUGGAACUGACCCCAGUGCCUGAAAACUUACACGGGAACUUCUAUAUCGGCGAUGCCUACCUGGUGCUCCACACUGUCAAACAGAAGAACUCGUGCUUCUACGAUCUACAUUACUGGCUGGGCAAGGAAUGUACCCAGGAUGAAAGUACAGCGGCAGCCAUCUUUACCAUUCAGAUGGAUGACUACCUGGGAGGAAAACCGGUCCAGUACCGUGAACUCCAGGGUUUUGAGUCCACCAACUUCACCAGCUACUUCAAAGGCGGGAUCACAUAUAAGGCCGGAGGUGUGGCAUCAGGGUUUCAACACGUGGUCACCAAUGAUCUUACUGCUUGCCGGCUCUUCCACGUCAAGGGCAGGCGCACUGUCCGGGCCACAGAAGUGCCUCUCGCCUGGGCCAGUUUCAACAACGGUGACUGCUUCAUUGUUGACCUGGGAGCGGUCAUCUAUCAAUGGUGUGGGUCAAAGUGCAACAAGUUUGAGCGCCUCAAAGCUGCACAGGUAGCUAUUGGCAUCCGAGACAAUGAGAGGAACGGACGAGCCCAGCUGGUGGUGAUAGAGGAAGGACAUGAGCCUGAAGCGAUGAUAAAGGUUCUUGGUGAGAAGACUGAAAUCCCUCAAGGUGACGAUAAUGAGGAUGAGGUUGCAGACAUGUCAAACAGAAAAAUGGCCAAACUUUACAUGGUAUCAGAUGCAACAGGGAAAAUGCAAGUGUCGCUUGUGUCAGAUGAAAAUCCAUUUAACCAGAGUGACCUGUUGUCUGAGGAGUGCUUCAUUCUGGACCAUGGAAAAAGCAAAAUGAUAUUUGUGUGGAAAGGCCACACAGCAAAUCCAAGUGAAAGGAAGGAGGCCAUGAAAACAGCUGAGGGCUUCAUUAAGCAGAUGGGAUAUCCUGGAAACACCCAGAUCCAGGUCCUUCCAGAAGGUGGAGAGACACCCAUAUUUAAGCAGUUUUUCAAGAACUGGAAAGAGAAGUACCAGGCUGAGGGUCUAGGCAGAGUGUAUGUCACUGAGCGGAUCGCCAAGAUUAAGCAAGAAGUGUUUGAUGCCUCCAAGCUGCACGAGUCUAAUCAAAUGGCUGCUCAGUACAACAUGGUUGACAAUGGCACUGGAAAAACACAGAUUUGGAGGGUGGAGUGUGGUAAUACCACAGACAAUACCAAGGUUCCUGUUGAUCCAGAGACAUACGGACAGUUCUACGGAGGGGACUGCUAUAUCAUUUUAUAUACCUACACCAAAGGAGAAAUCAUUUACACCUGGCAAGGUUCCAGCAGUACAAUAGAUGAACUGACAGCUUCAGCCUUUCUUACUGUUGAACUGGACCGUUCGCUUGGAGGAAGAGCUGUUCAGGUGCGAGUGACUCAAGGAAAAGAACCACCUCAUUUGCUGAGCCUCUUCAAAGAAAAGCCUCUGAUCGUGUACAAAAAUGGGACUUCUAAGAAGGGAGGACAGGCACCCAUACCUCCAACACGUCUCUUUCAAGUGCGCAAGAACCUGGGCACAAUUACACGGAUUUGUGAGGUGGACGCUAAAGCAUCAAGUUUGAACAGCAAUGAUGCCUACCUUCUGAAGUUACCCGAGGGGAAUGGGUAUUUGUGGAAAGGGAAGGGGGCUAGUGAAGAAGAGGAACGAGGAGCAAAGUACAUGAGUGAGAAACUGAAGUGCCAAACCAAACCAGUUACUGAAGGAAACGAGCCAGAGGACUUCUGGAAAGCUCUGGGUGGAAAGAUGGAAUAUCAGACAUCAGAGAUGUUGGAGAGCAAAUCUAUAGCACAUCCUCCCCGCCUCUUCGCCUGCUCUAACAAAAGUGGAAAGUUUACAAUUGAGGAAGUACCUGGUGAGUUUAACCAAGAUGACCUGGCAGAGGAUGAUGUUAUGUUGAUGGAUGUCUGGGAUCAGGUGUUUGUGUGGAUCGGAAAGGAUGCCAAUGAGGUGGAGAGGACCGAGUCUGUAAAAUCCGCAAAGACCUACAUUGAGACAGACCCAUCGGGAAGGGACAAGGGGACACCUGUCGUAGUGGUCAAGCAGGGACAUGAGCCCCCCACCUUCACUGGCUGGUUCCUGGGAUGGGAUGCCUCUCGAUGGGACAGUGACCUCAUGACAAGAGCAGUGCAAUCACUGCAUAUUUAGUGAAAGUCAAUAGCCUUGGCUGGGAUGAUAAAACAGGAAGCUGUUUACUGAGGCAUGACAAGCAAUUUGACUAUUCCUUUAAAGUGCCCCUAUAAUGGAUUUUUUUUCAUGUUUUUUUUUUUAAAUUCAUGCAGUGUUACACAGCUGUAAGUGAAUGAAAACAUCCUGCGAAGUUUUAAACCUGAAAGUCCACCGUGUUAUUGUCUCUCAAAAGAAAGAGUCGGCUCUUAAUCAUUGGAACAAUUCGUUUUUAAAACGAAUCCCAAGCCGUUUUAUAUUGACGUCAAAAUUAAACAUUAGCAUAUUGCUCACUUCUUGUUCUUUUCUGAAUGAAAAUGCAAUUCUUUGCCGAUAGGUGCCGCUUUUAGAGGAUUAAAAGCUUACAAACACUAGUAGUUUGGAAAAAUGAAUCGUAGAACUGUGUUUGGCAGAAGUUGAACAAAUAAAGUAAAACUAAAUGCAUAUUAUAAGAAAAUAAAAAAUAAACUUUUUUUGUCAGCCUGUUGUUUUAGACCCCCGAAACCAAAAUUUGAAUCUUUUAUAAGCCACAAUAGGGGCACUUUAAAAGUUACUCAACAUGCGUUAGAUCUUAAAGUUGUGUAUUUCGCUUUAAUUUGCUUGCACGGGUUUAUAUUUCUGCUCUGGAUUUCUGUAAGCAUGUUUUCAAAACGUACAAUAAAAGAAUACAUUUA